AUGAUAGCAGUUUUUACUUUUUUGGUCGUGACAGCAGCAACCUUAUAUUAUAUUAAAUGGCGGUCAGAAAGAAAGCGGUUGUACGAGCUUGCAGAGAAAAUCCCAGGACCUGAACUAUUGCCACUUGCCAGCAAAGCGUUUUCAAUUUUAAAGAAUCAUAACACACUAUUGAAAUAUAUCUAUGAUUUGAGUUUUAUACCUGAGUACCAAAAUGUAGCUAAGUUAUGGUUAGGAUCAAGACUUGUGGUUGGUUUAGUUCACCCAAAAGACGUUGAGAUCAUUCUUAGCAGCAAUGUUCAUCUCAAGAAAUCUCAAGAGUACAAGCUGUUCGAACCAUGGUUUGGAAACGGACUUCUCAUCAGCAGUGGUGAAACUUGGAGACAUCAGAGGAAAAUGAUUGCACCAACUUUCCAUUUGAAUAUUUUGAAAAGGUUUAUGGAUGAAUUUAACAGAAACUCCCAACGCGUCAUUGAACGAAUGAGAAAAGAAAAUGGCAAAAUGUUUGACUGCCACGAUUACAUGAGCGAAAUUAUGGUUGAAACACUGAUAGAAACCGUUAUGGGAGUAAAACAAGAAUCCCAAAACAGAGAGUGCUUCUCAUAUGCUCAUUCUGUUAUGGAUCUUUGUGACAUCCUCCACACCAGGCAUACCCGUCCAUGGUACAGGCCUGAGUAUUUGUUUAAAUUGACUAACAUGUCAAAGGAAUGGGAUCGUAAUUUACAAAACAUCUUUAAUUUGACAAACAGGGUUUUCAACACAAAGAAGGAGGACUGCAUUAAAAAUAAAUCAAAAGAAAGCACUAUGACAAAGGAAGACGUCAAGGAAGAAACGAAAGUGGAAACGAAAAUCGAAACUCAUUCGGAUGAGAAGUUCUCUUAUGGUCAGGCUGCAGGGCUUAAAGACGAUCUUGAUGAUGAUAACGAAAUAGGUGAAAAGAAAAGGCUUCCAUUUUUGGAAUCUCUAAUCGACCGAUCUCAAAACGGAGACAAACUCACUGAUCAGGAUAUCAUAGAUCAAGUCAACACAAUCAUGUUCGAGGGCCACGACACAACCGCUGCUGGCAGCAGCUUCUUCUUGUGCGUGAUGGGCGAUAGGCAAGAUAUUCAGGCUAAAUGCAUCGAAGAAAUUGAUUCCAUUUUCGGAGAUUCGGACAGACCAGUCACCUUCCAAGACACCAUUGAAAUGAAAUACUUGGAGAGAUGUAUCAUGGAAACUCUCCGGCUCUUCCCUCCAGUGCCACUCAUCGCAAGAGAGCUUGAACAAGACGUCCAAUUAAUGUCCGAAAACAUAUUGUUGCCCAAGGGAUGCGCUGUAGUGAUUGGUACAUUCAAGCUCCACAGGCGCGCCGACAUCUACGUAGACCCGGAUAACUUCGAUCCCGACAGAUUCCUCCCCGAGAACGCUGUCAACAGACAUUACUACUCCUUCGUACCUUUCAGUGCUGGACCAAGGAGUUGCGUAGGACGUAAGUACGCUAUGCUCAAGCUCAAAAUUCUUCUAGCUAACAUUCUCAGAAAUUUCCGCGUCAAACAAGGAAAGCCAAUGAAGGAUUGGCAGCUUCAAGCCGAUAUCAUUCUCAAGAGGUCAGACAAGUUCGAAAUUACCUUAGAACCAAGAAGAGUACAAAAGGUCUGCUAA